UUUUUUUUUUUUUUUGUUCCAACAUGGUUGCCACUGGAUUAAAUAUCAACUAUCAACAACUUGAAGAUGUUCUUUGUAAUAGUUCUGGAAACACUCCUUUAGCUGAACGGUUCAGAGCUUUAUUUACGUUAAAGAACAUUGCCGAUGAAAAGUCUAUUGAUGUCAUUUCUAAAGCUUUAUCUGAUGAAUCGGCUCUUUUGAAACAUGAACUGACUUAUUGUCUUGGUCAAAUCAAGAAUCCUUAUGCCAAUAAAGCCUUGAUCCAAGUAUUGGAAGAUAGUCAAGAACAUGAGAUGGUGCGACAUGAGGCAGCAGAAGCAUUGGGUGCAAUUGGAUCUAUAGAAAGCAUUGAUAUUCUUGAAAAAUAUUUGAAGGAUCCUAGUGUGGCCGUGGCUGAAACAUGUGAAUUAGCUAUUGAUAAGAUUCGGUAUGACAAUGAUCCCAAGACUAAGGAAGAACGAGAACAAAACACUAGUUUAUAUAGUUCUGUAGAUCCUGCUCCUCCAUCUAUCAACAAGAAAUCUGUCCAAGUAUUAGGUGAACAAUUGAUUGAUACAAACUUGCCCUUAUUUGAACGGUAUCGAGCUAUGUUUGCUUUACGUGAAAUUGGAAAUACUGAAGCUGUGGAAGCAUUGGCUAAAGGAUUAAAAGCAUCUAGUGCUUUAUUCCGUCAUGAAAUUGCUUAUGUAUUUGGUCAAUUACAACAUCCUGCAUCUGUACCUGCUUUGACAGAAGCUUUAAUGAAUGAUAAAGAAGAAGGUAUGGUACGUCAUGAAGCAGCUGAAGCUUUGGGAUCUAUUGCUACACCUGAAGUAUUAGAAAUCUUGAAUAAAUUCAAAGAAGAUAAUGAACGUGUGGUUCGAGAAAGUUGUGUAGUUGCAUUGGAUAUGUAUGAAUAUGAAACUAGUGGUGAUUUUCAAUAUGCCAAUGGAUUAGAAAAUCAAUCUGAAACUCAUCAAAAUAUGCAUUCUCUUAAACUUGCCCAUUAAUAUAUAUAUAUUUAUUUCUCUACAUUUUGUUGUACAUAUAUUUUUUUUUAUUAUCCAUCUUUCUCCCUACUCUUUUGACAAUAAAACUUUAUCUUAGAAGCACACAUUGAAUAACUUAGCAUGUGAUACAAAAACUGGU